CACACCAAGAGCAUUUUCUCUUAGCUAAUAACACACCAAUUAAUUAGACAUGGAGUUGUUCUAUGUCUCUCUUCUUUGCCUCUUUGUUCUUUUAGUUUCCCUCUCUUUCCUCUUUCUCUUCAACAAUAAGAACAAAUCCACCUUGUCUUGUCCACUUCCUCCGGGCAAGUCCGGUUGGCCAGUCAUCGGAGAAAGCCUCGAGUUUCUCUCUAAUGGUUGGAAAGGUCAUCCGGAAAAAUUCAUCUUUAAUAGGAUUUCCAAGUACUCUUCCAAUGUCUUCAAGACUCAUCUUUUUGGUGAAAAAGUAGCUGCCUUUUGUGGUGCCUCUGGAAAUAAAUUCUUGUUUUCCAAUGAAAAUAAACUAGUCCAAGCAUGGUGGCCUAGUUCAGUGGACAAAGUUUUCCCAUCUUCAACACAAACUUCUUCAAAAGAAGAAGCUAUAAAAAUGAGAAAAAUGCUUCCUAAUUUCCUCAAGCCCGAAGCGUUGCAACGUUACAUUGGAAUCAUGGAUCAUAUCGCGCUAAGACAUUUCGAAUCGUGGGAAAAUCAAGAAGAAGUUUUAGUUUUCCCACUAGCAAAACGUUACACUUUCUGGUUGGCUUGUAGAUUAUUUGUGAGUGUGGAAGAUCCUAACCAUGUGGCUAAACUUGCUGACCCCUUUGAUGUUUUGGCUUCUGGAUUGAUUUCUAUUCCGAUAAAUUUGCCUGGCACGCCAUUUUAUCGUGCUAUUAAGGCCUCGAAUUUUAUUAGAAAAGAGCUUGUGGCAAUCAUAAAGCAAAGGAAUAUUGAUUUGGCUGAGGGGAAAGCAUCCGUGACACAAGAUAUAUUGUCACACAUGUUAAUGACAAGUGAUGAAAAUGGGAAGUUCAUGCAUGAGUUGGAUAUUGCUGAUAAGAUAUUAGGGUUGUUGAUUGGUGGCCAUGACACUGCUAGUUCUGCUUGUUCUUUUAUUGUCAAGUACCUUGCUGAGCUUCCUGAGAUAUAUGAUGGAGUUUACAAAGAGCAAAUGGAGAUUGCAAAAUCAAAGGGUCAAGGAGAAUUAUUAAAUUGGGAAGACAUUAAAAAGAUGAGAUAUUCAUGGAAUGUGGCAUGUGAAGUUUUAAGACUUGCUCCACCCCUCCAAGGUGCUUUCAGGGAAGCCCUUGCUGACUUCACCUUCAAUGGUUUCUCCAUUCCAAAAGGAUGGAAGAUAUACUGGAGUGCGAAUUCUACACACAGAAAUCCAGAAGUAUUCCCAGAGCCUUUAAAAUUUGACCCCUCAAGAUUUGAAGGAAGUGGACCUGCUCCUUAUACAUUUGUACCCUUUGGAGGUGGACCAAGAAUGUGCCCUGGAAAAGAGUAUGCACGUUUAGAAAUACUUGUUUUCAUGCACCAUCUUGUUAAAAGAUUCAGGUGGGAAAAAAUUAUUCCCGACGAGAAAAUCGUCGUUAAUCCGAUGCCAAUUCCGGCUAAGGGACUUCCGGUCAGGCUCUAUUCUCACGACAAGCCAUAAACAAGAUCGCUAAUGGCUCAUAUCAGACCAAAAAUAAUUAGUUGUGGCUAUGUUACUUUUGUUUUGUGGUUGUUUUAUUGCUUUUCUACAUAGAUGGUUCGCCUUAUGUUUAUCGGUUUUGUUUGAGGCACUUCUAAAUGUGUGACCCAUAGCUGAUGUUGGAUUCCAUAAACUGUAUAUGUAUAUCAUUUAUCUUUGAGUUGUAUUAAGGUUUAA